AUGUCUAAUACCAAUGCAAACGCUCGAAGGGAGGUCAACGACGCGCUCAUUAGCUCUGGAAGCGCUGCCGUCGGACUAAUGGUUGACACUGCCAACUCCUCUGUUGAAAAGCGGCGCAAGAACAAAGAGGAGAGGGAGAGACGCAAGGCUGAAAGGAAGACUGCUAAGGAAAUGGCUGAAGCCGCUGUUCGUACUAACCUCAAGGAGUUAACCCCCUUGAGCUCUCUAGGCAUGUGCUAA